AUGGUUUCCACUAUGCCGCGUGAAUUUCGCUCCAAAACGGAAUACCAGUUCGACGAAGAACAAGCUGACGCCAUUGUUCGGGCCACUGCCUACCAUCGCAGAGACUUUUGCUUCUCUGCUAUAUGGUACCCAUUCCGUGAGCAUGUGAAUAUCAUUUCCUCAAUAGCGACGCCCUUCCGGCGGACUCCUAGCGUUGGAAUCGGUACCCUCGAUCGCUUACCCCUCGAGCUCCUAUUCGAUACUUUGUGUCGCCUCGAUAUACAUUCUUUGUUUAGAUUCCAUCAAAUCAAUCUCAGAUCGAGACAGACGGUAGACUCUCUCAGCCAGUACCGAAGGAUAGUCUCACUUGACUAA